AUGGUGGACGACGUGGGUAGUUUGAAAAUUCGUCCACUUUCACUAGAUUUGUUGGAGCAUGCAAAGGAAAAAUUGCACGAGGACCCGAGACGAAGGGAAGCCGAUGUCCAAGCGAUUCGCGACUGGCUUAAAAAACAGGCGCACAUAAUCGGCAAGCCCGAUGACCAAAUGAUCAUUAACUUCCUCCGGGGUUGCAAAUUCAGUCUGGAGAGGACGAAAGAAAAGCUGGACAUGUACUACACAAUGAAAACUAUGGUGCCGGAGCUUUUCAAGAAUCGUGACUUGACCAAAAACCAAACACUCAGAGACAUAUUGGACUAUGGAUUCUUUUUCCCCGUCGGAAUUGAUAAAGAAGGGCGGCGCGUCUUUAACAUGAUCGGUGGAAAAGACGAACCAGGAAAAGUAAAAAUGGAGGAUAUUAUGAAGGUUAAUUUCAUGAUGAUGGACCACAUCAUGAUGCACGACGACGUGGCCAUAAUCAAGGGAACGGUCACCGUCAUGGACAUGUCACAGACAAAGUUAGGACACGCCACGCAAAUGAUGCCCAGUUUUAUCAAAAAAGUUUCCGUCUGCUCGGAAGAAGGCUACCCUCUGAGACCGCAGGCAAUGAAUUUCAUUUACAUGCCCUCGUUUAUGGACACGAUUUUUAAACUAUUCCAGUCCUUCAGUAAAGAAAAAAUUAACCAAAGGACAUUUGUGCAUGGAAAAAACCUGGAAUCCUUGUACACCAAAGUUCCUAAAGAGGUUUUGCCAAAGGAAUAUGGAGGUGAUGCUGCGUCUGUCGACGAUCUGGGCAGAGAUUUUGUCAAACAAGUAAUUGCCUUCAACGACUGGUUUGUGGCGGACGAGAAAAACGGCGUGGAUGAAAAGAAGAGAGUGGGAAAGUCACGAACCGCGCAGGAUUUGUUCGGAAUGGAGGGUUCAUUCCGCAAAUUAAAUUUAGAUUAA